GCACUAAUAACUUACAAUAACACCAACCAGAAACGAAAAACGAAACUGGUCAUCUGACACCAGGAAAUGUACAGAACUAUCAGUAAAAAAAAUCUUAAUAUUGUCAGCGAUGCUUUCCGAAGUGCCUGGUUCAGAGCGUGAAUCAUGAACUUCGUCUACAGUCGAUCAACCAUUGCAAUGGACAGUGCUCACGAUAGAAUGAGGCUGAAGGACAAAAUAAUUGCAAAUGUUGCAAAAGCUGUCAAAAGUAUACAAGAGCUUGAUGUGUUAGCUGGACGGCAGACAGUGAAACUGGGGAACUAUGACUGGCAGUGUCAGAGACUGUGUGAACAUCUGGACCAUACCCUGCUGCAUGGGCUUCGUCAUGUGACGCCAGGCUAUUGGAAGAUCGUCACAGAGUUCACCCAUAAGGAAUGUGUUAAACAGAUCAAACGUAUGAGACAUGUGACGACAGAUCUUGGUCGAGGUCGGGCGUGGCUGCUAAUGGCCCUGAAUGAGUCUCUGCUGGAGAGCUACCUCCGCUGUUACCAGGGCAACAACAGUCUUGUGGAGAGCUUCUAUGUGAGGGACGCGCUAGUCAGGGACCAGGAUAAGUUCGAAGUUUUGCUGACAGUGAUAGCAGGGCUAGAAAAAACUGAAUUUCAACUGGAAUGUGACGUGCCCUACCUGGACCUGUGUAUCUAUCCUCCCAAGAGCAGCCGUAACAACAUCGAGGCCUCCAUGGACUUUGACCGCCUGUCCAUCUGCAGCAUGGAGAGCGUCCAUGUGCCCAACAAACCACUGCCACAGACUGUGUUCGAAACUGGCAGCUCUUCGUAUUACAAACCGGACAAAGAUUCAACCAGUCAAAGCAGCGAUGACCUGAGUACCAGUCAACGCGUGUCACCAUCACUCGACAGUGGGAUUCAUUCAGACUGGAACUACCGACAGCGUAGCAUAACACCCAUUGACUCCAUGAAUAACUCACGUACUAGUCAAGACUUAGACGGAGAAGAAGAUUCUUUAGAGGUGAUCCACUUGAGCAAAAAAGGCAAAGCUCACAAACGCAAGAGGAAAAAAACAUUCAACUCAGUGUCUGGAUUCUCAGAAAUUGAUAUCGCAGAGGGAGAGGUACCCGCAAGUGCCAUUCACGGGCCGGUUAUAGCAAUCCCUCCAAUAGACGACUUCAAACUUGCGAGUGCAAUAAUGAACAAUCAGAACAACAAUGACGAAAAUAAUGUUAAAGAUUUGGAAUCUGAUGAUAAAAAUUGUGAACGGAUAGGUGAGAGGCUUCCUGGAGAUGGUAACGAACUCUCCAGUAGUCAUCAACCCCAUGCAAAUGGUCAGUUUACUCUAGGCGGUAGCAGUGAUGACUCGAAAAAGGAUAAAAACGCAUCAAUGUUACAUAGUUUAGAGGCUCCAAAGAUUACAACUACUAGUAGUAGUAAUAUGCAUAAUAACAUUAGAGAUCAUAGCAGCUUUGGGCAUCAGAGUCUAAGUCACGGUUUAGAAAUUAGUAGUCAGGGUGGCAACAGAAGUCGAUCUAGUUCCUCGUUAGGGAUUCAUCAUGAAAUGGACCAUUCUGGACGAAAACGAAGUGAAAGUGUGAAAAGUGAUAAAACUAUGGAGACGGAGAAGUUUAAUCAAGAUGAACAAACUGUCACUAAGAGUUUUACUGAUCAGAUCAAGUCAAAGGUGCAAAAUAUUAUCGAUAGCGGUGAAGAAAUGGAGCAUAAAGAAAAUUCAGUGAAAAGCAAUAUUAGUGAAAUAGAAAGGAAAGAUUCUGAUUUGUUUCAGUAUUCAACAGAAGAGUUUAGAGAUUAUAAGGGAGUGUAUGAGGGGGGGACCUGCGAUGAGCUAAGUGAUCAGAAAGUGCCAAAUGGUGAUGUUUUAAAAGAGAAACCAGUUGGGCCCAGUAUAUACAGUUCUGUAAUUGGAUCCGAUGAAAAUGAAAGUGAUGAGGAUGACUUAACUGUUGCAGGCAGCAAAAUGGCUGGAAAUAAUGCAAGUAAUCAGUUAAUAAAUGGAAAAUCUGUGUCAAAUUCCCCUGUGAUAAAAUUUGAAAUUUUUAAUAGUCAUAGUACACCGUCUGUGUUGAAUACUGGGAAGGAUCGAUUUUCCAGUAGAGGUGUGGCCUCAUUGCAUCCUUUAGAUUCAAAUCCAGUCAAUAGGAAAACGCCUGAUCCUCUAUCAGCCGAUCAGAACAGGAGUAAGUCUGUGAUGUCAUACCAAUCCAUUUCUGAUUUGGCAGACAUCACUUUGAAAGUGACCAAUCAGAAAGCAGAUAACAGGCCAGCUAGUGCUGUAUCAUCCAAUGGGAGCGGAGGAUUCAAACCAUCCCAGUCUCCAUAUGCAAUGUCAGAAGAGGACAGAAGCAGUCAAGCAUCCCAGUCUUCUAGCACAGAUCUUGAAGCCUCCGGACAGCAGCAAGUACUGCAAGCAAAGGUGGAAGAGCUGAUUGAAAAGAGGAAGUUGAACCAGUACACCCACCUGACCUUCGAGGAAGAGGACGGGGAUAUAGAGGAGGAGGGCAAGGUCAAGGUCACCAGUCUCACACGACCAAGGAGUACCAAUCUGUCGCCAGGCGAAGUGGAGUUAGAUAACAACACCAUGCUGUACCUGAUGUUAGACAUAGUGGACAGCGAGGAAGAGGAGACCAUUGUCAAGAUGUUCACGUGUUGUCAAGGUCACACGGAGGGCAAGGUUAGGCCUGUCUAUGCACUGGUUACCAGCAGGUCCUUGUACCUGCUGGAGCGACAACAGGGCAAGAAGAAGUUCUCAAAGACCGCAGCCAUAACGUUCUCAGACAUUGACUUUGUGUCGAUUGGGUGCCAGAACCAGAUACUCAACAUCGCCUGCAAGAACAAGCGUACGAAACACUGGCUGACUAUUGGGGAGGAGAGAACCACAAUAGCACUAGUGGACUGCCUGGCAUCAAGCAUGGAGAAAUCUGAAAUGAAGCCUGGCCGUCUGGUUGUGGACACGGGCAACACGAUACAGAAGAUAGCAUUGCAGAAGUACAUAGCAGCAGAGUGCAAGUGUGAGAUGGUUGACAGUGAGGUCGUGUGCUACUCUCUCGUUCACUGGGAGGACCCGAAGUGUGACAAAGGCUCCUGUGAGUGGGACCGGGAGGGAAUGUUGUUCUACAAGUCUCAGGAGACUGUCAACAUCCUGCGCACACAGACCUGGCGCUCGGGACAUGCUGUACUCAAGGAUGGCAUGCUGUGUCUGUACAACCAAAAGGAUGACAACAAGCCUGCUCACUUCCUCAGCCUGGGUGGAGGCCAGUGUGUAGGCUGCAAGCGCGACUUCAACAGUGACCGCAACCAUGCUGUGCGCAUCAUUCUCCAGAAUGGGGCCUACUGGUACAUCGCCGUAGAAACGGAGCUUGAGGCAAACAACUGGCUGCAGUGUCUGUGUCAGGCAGUGUCAGAGGGCUUGAAGAUGAGCUCCACAAAGACGUCCUGUGUUCCAUGCUGCGCAGUUAUCUCCAAGUAUCAGCUCCUGAUGUGUCACGAAGACCUCGAGACGAACUUCAUGCGCACACUUGGCAGUGCCAAUCUUCACGACGUCACGUCUAUGUUGUCAGAUAAUGAAGACACGUCCUAUAUUGUACUGGUGUUUGAGGCUGAGGGAGGAAGCCCGGAGCAUUGGGCCCUGUAUUUCAACACCGCUCACGAGUGCUCACGCUUCAAGACGGCCCUGUCAAUGUGCUGGUUCACACACUUCCAGGUGGACGUACCGGAGUUGAUGAUGGAUGACUUCAAGCUGCAGAAGCAGUGUGCCGACAUGGCUGCUCACCUGAAGCAAGCCCGCUAUGUCUCUUAGCUACUGUUGUCAUGGCAUUGUGAAGCAUUUAUUUGGGGGGCACGCAAUUUCUUAGCAACUGUUGUUAUAAUCUUGUGGCCAUGCAAUCCCUUAGCAACUGUUGUUAUAAUUUGGGAACCACAAUAUCAUUCAGGAAACGAUUUCUAGGAUAUGCUUAGCAACCUGUUCUAUUUGUUUAUAAAUAUGUUCUUAUUUAUUGUUGGUACUACACCAUUUGUUAGCAAUGGCCAUCAUUCCAAUAUGAAAUAAACUUUCAGCAUUUCUAAAAUAGAAAAACAAUUCCCUGGUACCUUGUGUAUGCAACUAUUAAAUAAUGACAAUAUCAAACUGGACUGAAUUGGUGCAGAAACAAAAACACUUUCUGGCAACUGUCAGCAGAGCGAAAUCAAAGAUUUCCUGAACACUGGUUUAUGUUACACUCCAUAACAAUAUUCACCAUGACAAUUGUAUGAUUGUCUGAAUCAAUGCUGUAUUGACAACAUUCUCUAGGAAAUGUUACUGAAGCCAAAUCUGUCAUUAUCUAAAUACUUAUGUCUUAUUAACUCUAUACUUUUGAAAUUAUGUUACCAUGACAACCGAAAGAUCAUCCUUAAGCAACUGUCAGUAAAGUAAAAUUUAAAUGAAGAAUUGUUUAUUUUUACGUAACAACAACACGUAAAACAGCUCUGUAUUAGCAUAACAAAGUAAGGCCUAUCUUUGUUGUUGCCAUCAUAACGCCAUAAUCAAAACAACUUUAAAGCAAUCAUAAACAAUCAAUAAAUACUUUUUAGCAAAAUUGCAACUCUAACUCAUUCAGUGCUGGAACCGAAUUUUGAAGGCCUUUGCAAACAGUCUGGAUCCAGAUGAGACACCACAAAACGUGGCGUCUCAUCAGGAUCUGAACUGUUUGCUUUUCUGAUAGUAUUCUUUGAAAAAAAAAUCAACAAAAAUGCUAAUUUAAAAAAUUCAGCUGACGACAUUUAAACAGACGACAAAUUUCCCAGCAUGCCAAGAGCUAAAGGCAAACAGUUCCAGUAUAUACAAUGAAUUUGCACCCAUCUGAUUAUCCAUAAAAAGGUCAGAGUUUUCAUGGUUUUACAUAUUUCAGCUUUGGCAAAGGUUAUUGUCUGAACGCUGAGAACGAUAUUGUCAAGAUUGAAGGUUUAUGCAGACAAAUUUGUGCCAUAAUUUCCACCAUUAUUGUCUUUCAUCUCUGUCCACACCUUCUUGUUAUGUUCAUGCUUCUAUUGCAUGGUUUCAUUCAUGUGUACAACAGUCCACGUGCAAAUGUUAAUGAAACUUAUUUGGGAAAUGUUUUGUCGUUAUUUUAUUCUGCCCGACUGGUGUGUGGCAUCAUGUCUGUGAUAAUUGUAUGCUAGCAAUGCAUUAAGGUAUAAAUGUUCCCUCUGUAGAACUAUGGUAAAGAUAGUUUGAAAGACAAUCUAUUUAUGCUGUAUUUUACAAAGAAAUGGUGGGAGUUGUAAUUAUAGUUUCAAGUGUAAAACAUGAAGGCAUUCUUUGAAAAUAAUGGUGUACAGGAAAAAGUUAACUUAUCACUGAUGCUUUUUUCUGUUGACCCUGUUUGUUUGAGCCUUGUGUCAUGUUACGCAUGUUUUUGAUGGACUACAGCAUCUUGUCAUAAAAUGACCUGACGAUAAGAUUUUAUUGACAUUUUGUUAAGGUAUGCAGAUUGGUAGUAUUUGCAGGGCCUGCUUUCAUUAAGCACCUUAGAUAAAUCUUAACUGUUGUAAUUAAGGGAAAGAAAGGGGAAGAUUUUAUAUCAAAAUUUCAGUUAGAUUUGUCACGUUUUCUGCAAACAAAGUGCUUUAAAAAAACUUAUUCUUUUCAACAAUAUUUUUUUUGAUGGAGACUUGUUCAUCUAAAACGACCUAAGCAAGAAAUAACCAGUGACCUGAAGACUGUCACGAAUUUAAUCAAUUGCCUUAGAAUAUCAGUAAGAGGCUUUGUGAAUUGGGGCCCUUAUAUAACAAAAAGCACAUGUGGUUGUUUAAGUGGAACAAAAAUGACUGUGCUUAUUAAGAUCUUAUCAUUUAUCAAUUAAUAUUCACAAUUAUGGACACUUGAACAUUGAAUCUUCAUACAGCAUAUCUUCAUGACUUUUAACAUGAAUACUAAUGAUACAUGUGUUUAAUUUCUGUAUAACGCUGAUGAUUUUUCAUACUAUUAGUUUGAUGAAAGUUUCCAUAGGCAAUAGGCAGUUUACAAACAAGUCUGUUUAUUUAUUAUUUUCUUUGCACUGCAUUGCCUUGCAUUUUCUUAUUUAGUUGUUAUUGAGUAUGUUGCAUUGUAUUUUGUACAUUUUAAUGCUUGUUCAGAAUUAUGGCUUGCCUGUUCAGCAUUGUGUCAAUAAUGAUUGGGUAACUCUCUGUGUACAGUGUUUUUAUAUAUGAAACAUGCAUUAGAUUGAUAUUUUACAUUUUACACACAGGGUUGUGCAAUAUUGUUUGUAUUUAUGACAAAGAAAUGUGUUGCUUGAGUUGAGUAAAGAAUUGCCUAGUUCUUCUUAACGUUCAUGCAGCUCCCGUAAAGGUAAAGUUAAAUUUGCUUAAAAAAUCAUUUAAGACACAUGUUAAUUUUCAUGUAUUGUUAAGUUGUUAAAUUAUUUAAUGUCAAUGAAAAGAUGACACAAACUGGGUGUUGGGUAAUUUAUUGUAUUUAACCAUCAUGUGUGUUGAUCUGUUAAGUCUGAAACCUUCUUACCUGGUGCUUUAACAUGAGUAAUGCUCUACAAGUACAAGUGAACAUACACAGAUUUGUCAGCCUUCCUGUUUGUACAAGGAUUUGUAUUUAUUAAAGCCUUCCUCUGGGAAAACCAGGCUUAAUGCAUGGGCAGAAAGUGUUGUCACAUAUUAGCCUGUGUAGUCUGCACAGGCUAAUCAGGGACGACACUUUCCAUUGAUAUUAUUUUUUAUUAUUAAAGGACGUCUUUUCUUAUCAAAAAUCAAGUUUUUUUUAGUUUGAAAGUGUUGUUCCUUAUUAGCUUGUGCCCACCUGCAUUUAACCCCAUUUUCACAGAGCAAGCCCUAACAGUACAUGGGAUUACUCAACCAUUUGUUAUCAUAUACCAAUGAAAUAUUUAUGACAUAUUUGAACAUGUAUUUGCUGCAUCUACGCAAAACCAUGAUAAUUCUUCUAAAUGUCUCAGUUCUAUUUAUGUGAUGUGACUUUAUCGUCGUUUUGUGUCAGAAAAUUAUAACUUGUACACUAUUUAGGGACGCUUGUUUUAUGAUAAGACGCGCUACAAUCAUUUUGCAAAUUAACUUUUGAAUGUUGUGGUUGUUUAAUGCGUGUAGAAUGCCGUAAAAGUUGGAGGUAAUUGUGUUGGUUUAAAAUGUUGUUGCCGUAACUUGCUAACAAUAUUGAAAUAAAGUACAUGAAUUUGA